AUGAUGUCGAAUUAUGAGCAUGCUAAUUUAAGAAAUAAUGAAUGGUUGAAUAGUAUGUAUGAUAUUAGAGAAAUGUGGGUGCCUGCAUAUUUUAGAAAUCUUUAUAUGGGUGGUUUGUUUAGAUCAACAUCUAGUUCGGAAAGUGAGAACAAUUUUUUCAAUUACUUUGUGAACAAAUUUCUUACAUUAGUUGAACUCCAAAUGAGGUUUCAAAGUGCGAUGGAUGUUCAACGUUAUAUGAUGCAGACACUAGAUAGUAAAUGCAAGUUAUAUUCUGCACCUUUGAAGACUCUUAUCCCUCUUCAAAAACAUGCUUCUAGUGUCUACACAGAUGUUGUUUUUAAGGAUUUUCAAGAACAAAUUCUUAUUGCACACGAUGAGUGUGGAUUGGAAAAGAAUUUCGUUAGAGAUGGCAAGGAUGUGUAUCGUGUGGUACAUUUAAACACUGUGACAAUUUUUGAAGCUGUGUAUGAUGCAAAAACAUUGUAUGUUGAUUGCUCUUGUAAGUUUUUCAAAAGAGUAGGAGUCUUAUGUAAGAAUGCAUUUUGGGUUUUGCAUGCAAAAGGCGUUAAAUAUCUGCCAGAACCUUACAUAUUGAAAAGGUGGACAAAAGAUGCUAGCAAAACACCUGUCUAUGAUAUUGAUGGUACAUUAUUGGAUGGUAAUAGUGCUAUGGAACCUAGAAAACGGGUUUUAGGAUAUGUUUGGAAUGAGGUACAUCGAUGCAUUAGUUUGGUAGAAGAUGAUGAGGAUGAUUUGGUCGAACUUUUGUAG